UCUGAGAUUUUUUCUGGCCCACCGACCCACAGCUGGAAACAAUUCUAUCCAGACUCUGAACUGCAAAGGCAGGCGUCUCCUGGGAUACUGUGAGCACACUGAUGCCAGUGCUCUCAACAGGCCGCAUCGCUAAGGGGCCGAACGUUCCAAGGAUGGAUAGGCAACUGAUGUGAAACAGAUAACUGUAGCCAGGCAGCGGUCCAGGACACCUAGAGAUAAAGCCAAAUACAGACCAGAAGAAGCCUAGCCCGGCCCUCGCGGGAGCGAGACCCCGCCCCGGGCGCGUCCGCGAGCGUGGCUGUAGCUCCCGCAGAACCCUCACCGCACUGAGAGACCUUAGGGCCCGGAGGUGUGGUGUCCCGGAGCCUGCGCCUGGCGGCCCGCACCCCAAGUCCGUCUGGCUCCUCCGCAGCACGGUGCGGCGCUGGGCCGGACUCACACUGACGCCCCCGCUGCGCGCGCUCCCGCCCCGCCCCCGCGUGCCCGCGCGCGCCGACCCCGCCCCCUUGGCGCACCCUCGCUCCGCCCUGCCGCUGGCCCGCAGCGGUGCCGGCCCCAGCGACCCUCCGCGGCCCCCAGGUCCUACGCCGCCAGCCUCCAUGGACUCGUUCGACCCCCAGCAGCUGGGGCUGUCCCCCGCGCGCUUCGCUGGCACCUUUGGCAGUGGGGCGGCCUCCGUCAGCUGCAGCCGACUCCGCCAGGUUCAAAGUGUCCUGACCCAGAGCAGCAAGUCUCAACCUGAUGGGAUCCUCUGCAUCCUCGGAAUUGACAGCAGGUACAAUGAAGGCUGUAGAGAGCUGGCAAAUUACCUGCUUUUUGGUUUGUACAGUCAGAAUGCCACUGAUUUUGAGAAAACGGGAUUUUCUGAAGAAAUUCUAGAUGACGUGAUUUUAUUGAUUAAAUCAGAUAGUGUCCAUCUGUACUGUAAUCCCGUCAACUACCGCUAUCUUUUGCCUUACGUGGCACACUGGAGAAACCUGCAUUUCCAUUGCAUGACGGAAAAUGAGUAUGAAGAUGAGGAAGCAGCAGAAGAAUUUAAGAUUUCCAGCUUUGUGGACAUGGUUCGAGACUGUAGUAGGAUUGGUAUUCCUUAUAGCUCCCAAGGUCACUUACAGAUAUUUGAUAUGUUUGUGGUAGAGAAGUGGCCAAUUGUCCAGGCCUUUGCACUUGAAGGCAUUGGAGGAGAUGGAUUUUUUACCAUGAAAUAUGAGUUGCAGGACGUGAGUCUGAGUCUGUGGAAUGUCUACAGCAGGAUGGACCCUGCGUCUCUGGAGAACAUGCUUUCAGAAGACCUGGCGGUGUUUGAGCAUCAGUGGACGAGCUUCUUUGCUAACUUUGAUACAGAAAUCCCUUUCCUGCUGGAACUUUCUGAAUCUCAGGCGGGUGAGCCAUUCAGAAGCUACUUCGGUCAUGGAAUGCUCUCCAGCCAUAUUACUGAAAACAGCCCUCAUCGGCAGCCUUUUGUUCUCUUUGGCAACCACUCCACACGGGACAACCUGAGCGCUGGCAGCUUUAACUUCCCUUCUGAAGGGCACCUGGUGCGCAACACUGGUCCUGCAGGGAGCUUUGCCAAACACAUGGUCGCUCAGUGUGUCUCACCAAAGGGACCUCUGGCCUGUUCAAGAACAUACUUUUUUGGAGCUACUCAUGUUCCUUAUUUGGGUGACAACGAGAAGCUGCCCAGGACCACGGAGCAAAUUAGGCUCUUAUCCCAGAUAUAUGCUGCUGUUAUUGAGGCUGUUUUGGCUGGCAUUGCAUGUUAUGCUAAAACUUGCAGUCUGGCAAAGGUAAUUUAAGUACCAUAUUUCUGUUUUGGUAGUCAUCAUUUUAAUGUAAACCAUCCUAACCGUUUUUGUUGUUUGGAUGCCCUGCAGUGCUCACUUGUGUGUGACUUAGGGCCUUGGUAGCCAAGCCUGUAGCACUUGAACUACUGCUGCCUGUGGCCAUGCUGCUGCUGUUUUAUGAGCCUUUAUAAACACUCAAUUGUGUUAAAGGACAGUCAUUGUUUUAUUAGUAAUUUAGACAAGACACUUUUAGAAGUUAAAGAAAAACAGAUUAUCCCAUUGAAUUUUAAUGAAGCCAUGAAAGCUUAUUUCGAGCUUCAUAGUUGGUUUCCAGUGAUUCAGUGUUUAAAACUCAAUACAGGUUGGAAAAUCUGACUUACCUUUCCUAGGCAAGCAUGGAUGUAUUUGCUCUCUGACCAUUUUCUUCCUUGCUGUUUUGCGGUUAACCUGCCCUGCUGAGUUGGAUUCCUAAAUCUGACCCAGUAAGAUGAGAAGAGACGGCUUGAUGCCUUCAAAAGCCAGUAGGACUUUCCUGAAGGAAGCCAGUUGACAGUGGAAAGAUCAGAUGCCAGUGUGCCCCUGCCUAAGUACGUUUCCUGUGAAGCCAGCAGGCACCUACCUGUUCCCCAUAACCUGAUGCUUUCACUUUAAUCUUUUGAGGCCAAGGAAGUAGCAGAGCACACUCUGGAGUCUGGGUUAGUGUUCACUGAGUUGGUUCCAUUCAAAGCAGAUCUACGCUCCAAGGUGACUUUUCAUAUACAUGCUGUGAAUAACCAGGGAAGAAUUGUGCCUCUGAAUAAUGAAGAUAGCUUAUCCUUUGUGAAAACGGCUCGUAUGACCGUCUAUGACAUUCCUGACCUGCUGGGAGGAGGAGGAGGAGGAUGCUUAGGGUCUGUGGUCUUCUCAGAGUCGUUUUUGACAUCUCGGAUCUUGGUUAAAGAAAAAGAUGGCACUAUUACCCCAGAGACCAGCUACAUCAUCCUGACAGCUGCCAUCCCCAGAUUCUGUUCCUGGCUGGUAGAAGAUAGUGAAAUAAAAUUGUCUGAGAAAACCCUGCAAGCAACAAAGGGGGACGACUGUUGCUUGGGCACUUUGCUAACAGGAGGAAAGGGAGCGUAUCUUUAUUCCAACAGUCCACAGUCCGGGCCUGAGGAAGGGAGUGCGUAUUUCUUCUCUGGUGGCCUUCUCUUUUCUCACCGUCAUCACGGAAGUAUCGUCAUUGCCAAGGAGCAUGUGGAUGCUUUCUCCUUCUAUGAUGGGGACUCCACCAGCGUAGUGGCCGCCCUUCUCAUACACUUCCGAAGCUCCAUACUUCCUCAUCUCCCAGUUCACUUCCACGGAUCAAGCAACUUCCUGAUGCUUGCCCUUUUCCCCAAAUCAAAGAUAUAUCAAGCAUUUUACUCAGAGGUCUUCUCUCCCUGGCAACAGCAGGAUAACUCAGGGCUUUCUUUAAAAGUGAUCCAGGAGGAUGGAUUAUCUGCGGAACAAAAGAGAUUGCACUCCAAUGCACAGAAGCUCUUCAGUGCGCUGAGCCCUCCUGCCCAGGACUGGAGCUCCCCAAAACUGCUCUCAGGCAAACUUCCUGAGCUGGACCGGUUUCUCCAGCAUUUUGCCAUCGGCAGCAUUGGUCAGGAGCCUGUGAUGCGAGCCCAUCUUGUGGGCCUGCUGCAGCAACCUGAGAUGAGCCCUGCUCACGAAGUAGAGAGUGACAAGGUUGUCAUCAGCAUUGUAACUGGUCUCCCAGGCUGUCAUGCCAGCAAGCUCUGUGCUUUCCUGAUCACUCUGCAUAAGGAGUAUGGCAGAUGGAUGGUAUACCGGCAAAUCAUGGACAGCUCUGAAUGUUUCCAUGCUGCCCACUUCCAAAAAUACCUUUCCAGUGCCCUGGAGGCCCAACAGAACCGUUCUGCCCGCCAGUCAGCUUACAUCCGCAAGAAGACCAGGCUGCUGGUGGUACUACAAGGCUACACAGACGUCAUUGAUGUUGUGCAAGCCCUGCAGACUCACCCAGACCCAAACGUCAGGUCCUACUUCACCAUUGGUGCCGUCACGGUGUGUGUGGAGCCCUUGAGCUGCUACAUGGAGCACAGAUUUCUCUUUCCUAAAUGUCUUGACCAGUGUUCACAAGGUGUGGUGAGUAACGUGGUGUUUACCAGUCACACAGCAGAGCAGAAGCACCCUCUCCUUGUUCAGCUGCAGACCCUCAUCAGGGCUUCCAAUCCUACCGCAGCCUUCAUUCUUGCCGAAAAUGGGAUUGUCACAAGGAAUGAAGACAUUGAGCUGAUUCUCUCAGAAAAUAGUUUUUCGAGUCCCCAGAUGCUACGUUCUCGAUACUUACUGUUCCCUGGCUGGUAUGAAGGUAAAUUUGAUGCUGGAUCCGUCUUUCCGCUAAUGGUUCAGAUCUGUGUGUGGUUUGACUGUCCCCUGGAGAAAACCCGCUUUGUGAGCAGGUGCAGAGCAAUUCAGUCUUCCAUCAAGCCCAGUCCCUUCUCUGGAAACAUCUACCACAUCCUUGGCAAAGUGAAAUUUUCAGAUUCUGAAAAGACCAUGGAGGUUUGCCACAAUACUUUAACCAACUCCCUGACCAUUGUGCCAGUUUUGGAGGGACCCACACCACCUCCCAACUCAAGAAGCAGCCCCCAAGACAACGGGCAGCCAGAAUGCUACCUUGUGUUCAUUGGCUGCUCCCUGAAGGAGGACAGCCUCAAAGACUGGCUUCGACAGUCAGCUAAGCAGAGGCCUCAGAGGAAAGCUCUGAAAACCAGGGGCAUGCUGACCCAGCAAGAGAUCAAGAACAUCCAUGUGAAACGCCACUUGGACCCCUUACCUGCAGGCUAUUUUUACAAUGGCACCCAGUUUGUUAACUUCUUUGGGGACAAGACUGAUUUUCACCCACUCAUGGACCAGUUCAUGAAUGAUUAUGUGGAAGAGGCCAAUCGGGAGAUCGAGAGGUACAACCGGGAGCUGGAGCAGCAGGAAUACCGGGACCUCUUUGAGCAGAAGCCGAAGCCCUAGAGAAAGCUGGGCUUGUGCCUACCAGAGAUGAAUGAAUGAAUGGGUGUCCAGCUUUCCUGGAGGCCCCUCCUGAAGGGGCUGUCUCUGUCCUCCCUGGCCUGUGCCUGACAGUGUAGUACAUGUUGUCUUUAUUCUCUCUUCUCUCUGCACCAUGAAAGGCAUUGUGUGGACCACUGAGUGAGGGCGGGCACAGGAUGAGCAGCUAGCUAGCACUGCCCUGUGAACCAGCAGCUCUGGGUGUCUGGUAAAAGAUUCCAUUGGACCGAUGGACACCAUGUAAGGCCGAGGAGAAGCCUUUGGUGUAGCUGCUGGUAUUUAGAAGGACCCUGGUUCCCUAAGCAGUGGCCAGGCAGAGAUCCACAAUGCCUUCUAGAUGAGAGCACUUCUGUGGGAUGAAUGGAAGUGAGAUACGAUGCUUUCUAGAAAUGCAAGGCUCCGUCACUAAUUGCAGCACCUUGGGAGGUUUGGUCCUUGAGUUCCUCUCUGUGGCAUCACUUGGUUCUCUAAUUUAGGGAGAAGAGCAGGCAUGCUGCUCGAGCCCUGGAGUGCCUCCCCUCCCUGUUGAGGUGGAUAUCCUAUAACUAGCUUGGACCCAGGGUCUAACCGUUUGGGGACUGUUGGUCUCUAGCACUCAGCCUCCCCACCUCCUGCUAAUACAUUUCAGAAAACCUCCCAAAACUGCCCCUGGCCCUGAAUUUGUUUACUUGGUUCCCAAAGACCAGGAAUUUGAAAAAUUCUGAUAUCCAAAUUGGAAUUCCCUCCAGUAGUUUUGAUUUAGGUUGGACCGAACAGCAAAGGUAAACUAACUUGCAUUCCCAAGACUGACCUUGCUAAUUAGUGUGAGGAAUAAGGUCAUUAAAGGUGACGUCUGCUAGGAUUUGAGUGCCUCUGCUGCUGGACUGUAAAUGUUUUCUGAGUUUCAUGUACCUUUUGCAUGCCUUAGAAGAAGCACAUAGUAAAACCAGCAUAGUGUUCUGUAAUGUAGAAGGGUUUUUGAGAAAGGGCCCUGGCACAGAGGAGAGGUAAGAUGGAGCAUAUGGGUCUGUGUGCCUGGUAACAUGGCACUCUUUGGACAAAUAGCAAAGUAGUAAUCAAGGACUUGUCAAUAAAAUAUACUUGUGUUAGGGGGAAAAAAAUGGAAGCUGAAUGAACUAAAUUACAAGUCCCAUUGGGUCAGAAAUCUUGCAUUAAGAAAAGCUUGUGAAGCCGGGUGUGGUGGCGCACGCCUUUAAUCCCAGCACUUGGGAGGCAGAGGCAGGCGGAUUUCUGAGUUCGAGGCCAGCCUGGUCUAGAAUGAGUUCCAGGACAGCCAGGACUACACAGAGAAACCCUGUCUCGAAAAACCAAAAAAAAAAAAAAAAAAAAAAAAGAAGAAAGAAGGAAAAGCUUGUGAAACUCAGGCCCAUAUGCUUCAGUCCCAGCUCCAAACUACAAGGCCCUCAUGUUGAGCUCUAGUCUGGGAGUCCCUGACUUCGGGCUGGGGGUCAACAGCAUAGAUCUUAAGUGCAAUUGAUUAAUAAGCAAUGAGUUAUUAUAGCUCCCUUUAUCUUCACCAAGCUCUUUUUAAAAACUAAACUUUGAGCUAGCAGCCUUAGCAAAGGGAACAGGGGACCACAAGCUAUGUUACUUUCUUUGGGGGGUGGGGGAGAACCACAGGCCAGUUCAUUUCCUGCAGAGUUACUGUGAAGUUUUCAGUGGAAGCUCUGGAUUAAGAGCUCGGCUGCUUUGGCCUGGCAGUCUGGCUGCUGCACAAAAAGAGUUUUUAAAGAGGGGUUGGGGCUGUGCUACGUGGUGAGCUUGGUUUCUGACCCUUGUCCAUAGCCAUGUGCUUUCACCAACCUGCCCCACUGCCCCCAUUCCUCUCGUUCGUUAGAGGGAAAACCGAUUACCUCAACUUGAAUAUGAAACUGUGGUUGAAGAAAAAGCAGAACGAACGUUCAGCAGUUUCUAAGCCAAGAGGGCAAGCUAGCCGAAGCCUCCAUAGGUGCUCCCUAGCCUGCUCAGGAACUGGGGGGCAGCGACCACACACUGAGUUCUGAGGACUAGGAGAGGGAUCUGCUUGCUCCUCUGCCGAUCCCAACGACAUGCAGGUCCCUUGACUUUGAUGUGGGGUUUAACACCCACUUGAUUCCUCUAGUCCAAGAGUGUGGUCUCAGGCUAUCUCCAGCGGGGGAAGCCAUGAUAGUCUUAGCCUCUGAUCUUAGAAGUGGGUAUCAUGGACCCAGCAAGGAUUUUAGGGAUCAGCUCCCAGGACAGACAGAAGCCCUCCCGGCUUUCUCCCAGCUUUCCUGUCAGCAGCUUCAGUUCUUACCACAGAGUGAGUGUGAUAGUGGUGCGGUCACUGAAGUUAUGGGCAGUUUUGUUUUCCUGCGGGAUUUCCCUUUGUUGACUGGAGGGAGACUAGAAAGCAAACAUUGCAAGCAAGUUAGGCCCAGCAAGGCCUCAGGCUCUUUGACCUGAGGCCCAGACACCAGCCCUUCAGGCUGUGAUCAAUAAAAACGUCCCUCCUAAAUCCUGUUAGGAUUUUGGAGAAUUUUUGCACAGUAAAAAGCUCUGGCUUCUCAAAAGGGAAAAGUUCAAUUCAAAGACUGUAAACUUAAGUAUUCCAGCCAUGCUGCUGACUAGUUGGAUAGCUGUACCUCAAAAAAUAGGUGGGGGUGGCUUUCCCACUAUCCCACACCGUCACAUACUAAUGAAGAGCUCACUUACGUGCCAAAAUUCACUUUUAUACUAGUUUUUCAAUGCUUUAAUAUUUGUAACUUAAAUUUUAAAAUUCAUAUUUACAAACACUACUAUAACUUCAGUGAAACUGAAUUGUGUGAUUGAAACUUUUUGCUUAUUAUAGUAUUUAUUACACUACUUAAUUCAGUAAAUAUAUAAAAGUAGCCUUCAAUUUAUUUUUAUAUUAUUUUACAUGUUUUUAUCUGCAGUUGUGUCUGUGAAUUUCACUUGGAAUUAAGAUGUAAUGCUAAGGACCAAUAAACUGUCACUCAACAAGUA